AUGGGUUUUCUUCAUUCAAAUUGGCAAAAUCGUCUUGAUUUACGUAGCAAAAUAUUAGGAAAACGAAAACGGGAUAAUAUUGAAAGAUCAGAAAAGCAAUAUCAUCGCAUGCAUAUUGCUGCAUCUACACAAGCUUAUAAUGAUAAUGAGCAAAUUCCUAAUGACUUUACUACCUAUAAUGUCAGUGAUAACGAGAAUGAAGUUGAAAGCACAACCAGCUCUUCUUUUAUAUCUUCUACACCUAUACCUUCUACAUCCUCUAUUCCUUCUACUUCUUCCACCUUGCUCUAA